GAACGACCCGGGUUGCAAUUUUUUACAGUGUGGAGUGUCUUCGCUCAUGCGUGAUGUGACUCGAGCACCACUCGGGACUAUCUGCUCACACACAUACGCCUGUAGUGUGUCAGUGUGUGCGGAGUUGUGUGUAUGUGUGUGUGUGUGUGUGUGUGUGUAUGCCAGCCGGAUCGAUACACCAGCAAUUAGUCAGCUCCAAUUAGUUCCCAUUAACGAGCCAGACAGCCAGUCAGGAAGAGUGCGUUCAUCUGCUGCUGCCUUCUCCCCGGACUACAACAGCUGGGAUGUGUGAGUAGAAAGCCCGCCAGGCUCACCCACAGCACCCAGAGGUGUCUCCAAACAUGGAUAGGAUAGGGGUGUCGUUCCUGGACCCUCUGGAUGACUACGAGUUAAUCCACCGGAUUGGGUGCGGCACCUACGGAGAUGUGUUCAAGGCUCGUAACAUCAGGACAUCUGAACUGGCAGCUAUCAAGAUUGUCAAGCUAGACCCUGGCGAUGACAUCACGUCCAUCCAGCAGGAGAUCACAAUGAUGAAGGAGUGCAAGCACAAAAACAUUGUGGCCUACUUCGGCAGCUAUCACAGGAACACCAAGCUGUGGAUCUGCAUGGAAUACUGUGGUGGGGGGUCACUUCAGGAUAUGUACCAUGUGACGGGCCCAUUAAAGGAGAAACAGAUAGCGUACGUGUGCAGAGAAACCCUCCAGGGUUUGUAUCACCUGCACGAAACUGGCAAAAUGCAUAGAGACAUAAAGGGAGCCAACAUCCUUCUGACAGAGAGAGGAGAUGUAAAACUGGCUGACUUUGGAGUGGCAGCAGAGAUCAGUGCCUCCGUAGCCAAAAGGAAGUCUUUUAUAGGAACUCCCUACUGGAUGGCUCCAGAGGUGGCUGCAGUUGAGAAGAAGGGCGGGUACAACCACCUUUGUGACAUCUGGGCCGUUGGCAUCACCGCCAUCGAGCUGGCUGAGCUCCAGCCACCCAUGUUUGACCUCCACCCAAUGAGAGCACUGAUGUUGAUGUCCAAAAGCAACUUCCAGCCUCCAAGACUAAAGGAUAAAGCCAAAUGGUCAGCAAGUUUCCAAAGCUUUGUGAAGAUGGCUCUGAUUAAAAGCCCUCGUAAAAGGCCCUCAGCUGAGACACUGCUGCAGCAUCCGUUUGUGACACAGCUCCUGACACGUAACCUGGUCAUUGAGCUGCUGGACAUGGCCAACAACCCUGAGCUCCACACUGCCCACACACACAGCAUGGACGACAACGAGCUGGAGGUCGGGGAACUGGCUCCUGACAAGAUUCAGUCAGCAGGGAAACACCUGCCUGUAGAGAGGACCCUGUCUGAAGAACAAUUCGAUCAAGUGAAGUUUGGGCCUCCUCUGAGGAAAGUCACUGAGCCUUAUCCUGAUAUGCAGGGCUCAUAUGAUGAUGACUGGAGUCUGUCUGGAGAUGAAGACAACUCACCGAGCCUGUUGGAAUGUGUGGAGCAAGCUCUGCAGCUGAGGAGUUUAACCAUUAGGAGGGCGCCAUCUACUGAUGGAGGUAGAAAGAGUGGUUUGUUCAGUCCGUCUACAGCCUCCCUGCCAGCCUUCAGCUCUUUAACUCCCAACGCAGACGACAGUGACCUGACGCUGAGACCCAGCUGCACACUCGGCCCCGACGCUGCUGUCACUGCUGACUCCCCCUCCACUACAGUGUUGGCCAGGUGCUCAGCCACACAGGACAUCAGACAGCGCUGCAGUGAUCCAUGUCUGCCAGGAGGGGACGCUGUAACAGUGGAGAAGAGGAAGGUUACCACUGUUUCCUCUCCCAAAAGGGAGACACCACUGUCACCUGAAUGGAGCACGCUAAGAAAAAAGACUGAGGACGCUAGGGCUGAUUGUCAUGGACUUCCUCCUACCCCUCAAGUCCAUAUGGGAGCCUGCUUCUCCAAAGUCUUCAACGGUUGUCCCCUUAAAAUCCACUGUGCUGUCACAUGGGUUUUACCCAAAACAAGAGAUCAGUACCUCAUUCUUGGGGCGGAGGAGGGCAUCUAUAUACUGAACCUUAAUGAGCUUCAUGAAGAUACACUAGAGAGGUUGCUCCCUCAGCGAUGCACAUGGUUGUAUGUUAUGAACAACGUGCUGAUGUCUGUAUCAGGGAAGUCUUCCCAGCUGUAUUCCCACAGUCUGACGGCUCUGUUUGAACAAAGAGGACAUCUGCAGAAGAAACACAGCAGCCUGUCACUCACCACCAGCCGCUUCACUGAGAGGAUCAGCUCCAGCCACAGAAAGUUUGCCAUAUCUGUAAAGAUCCCCGACACUAAAGGCUGUAGGAGAUGUAGUGUAGCGAGAAACCCAUACACAGACAGUACAUUUCUAUGUGGGGCAGUUCCAUCAGGCUUGGUUCUUCUGUUGUGGUAUGAACCUCUGCAGAAGUUCAUGCAUUUAAAGCACAUAGCAAUGAGGCUACCUGACCAUCUGCCGAUAUUUGAGCUGCUGGUGUUGGUGUCAGAUGAGUUUCCCCAGCUGUGUGUUGGUGUGAGAGACUGUAGUAAUGGCAAACGCCCAACCAGCGAACAGCUCAAGUUUGAUAUUAUCGAGCUGAACAGCACACCUAUUUCAACCCCAGAUAGCGGAGCACUCAAGGCAGUACAGGUAACCCAGCUGGACAGAGACACUGUUCUCAUUGCAUUAGAAAAAACUGUUAAGGUUGUGAAUCUCCGAGGGCUUCCAUCCAAAGAGCUGGCUCCUGAAAUGGUCUUUGACUUCCCCAUUGAAACUCUAGUCUGCUUACAGGAUAGUGUUCUGGCUUUCUGGAAGCACGGCCUCAAAGGGAGGAGUUUUCAUUCAAAUGAGGUGACCCAAGAAAUUACAGAUGAGAGUCGAGCAUUCAAAGUUUUGGGAACAAACAGGGACAUCAUCCUUCAGAGCACACCAACCGAUGACCCCUCAGCACUGAGCAACCUGUACAUCCUGACUGGACAUGAAAGCAGCUACUGAGAGGAGAUGUACCAACUUCUUCAAAACUCACACUGACGAGAAAUGCAGAUCUGCUCUAUUACCCCGUGGUGCAAACAAGGUCCUCCUUCACUGAAGCUGUAACAGACACUAGCAACAACUUUCUGGUCUGAGUGACACAUGUCAGUAUGGAAUUCAGCUGCCCGUCCAGACUCAAACUGAAAGACGUUGGGCAACACAUUUACAAGAGAUUCGCCAACACGCUAGGUGCGUUUUCUAACUCUUACAUUUGCUAAAUAAAGCUGCAAAUGCCAAGAUUUCUUGUAAAAACAGUUCAUUUUACCAGCUUACAUCACAGUGUGACUGCAGCAGGGAAGACAUUCCUGCUGAUGGAGAUGCUACAGAUCAACUGCUGUCAGCAUGGACCAUAGACUGUAGAACAGCAUGGACAUAACAUUUGACGGGUGGCACACAAGUUUCUGAACUGUUUUGAAGCUUUCCUUUAGGUUUACUGCUUAUGACUGUUUUUGUCAGUUACUGGAACCAGAUGAUUUGGUCGGAUGAGAGGUGUAAGCUGCAUACCCCACAGCUGAGUGUGAGAGGCUGAGGCCACAUCCACACUAAUAGGUUUUAAUUUUAAAACAGUGUUUUAAAACAAAAAUGAUCUCCGAAGGCACAAGCGUUUUAGCACAGUUUCAGAAAUUAUCUCUGUCCAUAUUGACACACCUGAAAACACACAUCAUAUGACCCUUCACCUACACUGGGUAUAUGCAUGCCAGUGCAAACAGGAAGCAGAUUGUCUGCUCUGUUGCUUAGUUACAGAAAAUACAGAGAUGGUGAACAGUAAGACCAUAGAUUUCUUAGCUUGGACCAACGACGAGGUGGAACUGUUAGUGAGAGUAACAUGAGAAAAACAGAUUGGGAGUCACUGAGCAGUAUCUAUCACUGUACGAUGUCAUGGUAAUGGGAAAAGAGUUCCCACACAAGAAGGAUCAAAUCACAGAAGUUAUGAGGACCUAACUAUAACGUUUUGGCUUGACUCAUCACUGAUCCCCAAUUGGGAAGUGAACAUGGGUGUCUGCAUCAUCAUUUUCAAAAGCCUCCGUUUCCACCUGUGUAACCUCAAAACCAACCCCUGAGUUCUCAAAUAGGUCAGCAACGUUUUCAAAAUAGUAAUGCAUUCUAAAACAAAAACGUAUUAGUGUGUGGAUGUAGCCUGAGACUCCUGUCAAUCAGUCACAAAAGGAAUAUCGAUCCUCAUGAUUGCCACAAAGACGCACUGGAAAGGAAAUGAUAAAAUUUAGGAUAUUUUCAAGGGAUUUCUGUGGAGUCUCAUGCUUGUGGCACCUAGUGACCAUUGGUGCAACCACAACUGAAUACAGUUGCUCCACCACUCAGGGGAGCAACAUAGGGGUUGCUUUUUGUUAUACACACUGGUCUGUCCAAACAGUAAUGCUAUCGUUAUUACCACUUUCUCAUAAAUGCCAUUCACGUCAAAAUUGGGGUCAUGAUUAUAACUAGGAAACCAGGAUGUUUUUGAAAGAGCAUGGUAUUUUUAAGCCUCACACAACCUCCUCUGUAAUCUCAAGUGUCCCGAGUUGUCCAAUGAUAUGAAUGCUCCCAAGUUGUAAUAGAAGUCUCUCCCAUCUCUACCAUCCAUCCCAUCAGACCUCAAUGUCAGAACCAAUGACUGUAUAUAAAGAUUGAAAAUGGCCCAUGUCCCAUCUGCUAACAUGGAGGGGGCAGGGCUAAUGAGCUAUACUGCAGCCAGCCACCAGGGGGCAAUCUAAAUGUUUUGGCUUCACUUUUGGGAAGCCGUCAUGUCAUCCAUCUUUAUAUACAGUCCAUGCCCAGAACCCAUCAGCUAUCGUCUGAUGAUGAUAAGCCUCAAGGGGCGAGGGCCACUAUUUCAGGUUGAUGCGAUGUAGUCAGCAGAUUUCCAUAAUUCAGUUUAUAGAGAUGUAUAACCUGAACUUGACAGAACCAAAGAAGCACAAAGGAGUUCUUCCUCACCCUCAAACAGCAGAUAUGAUUUUUUUUUUUUUUUUUUACUCCUUCCACGGUUUGGUGUUUUGAUAAAAGGAAAGGUUUGGUGGAAAGUAGCUUAAAAAGAAGACAGGGCCUCGACUCUAUACAAUUUCCCAUGAAGCAACAUGUCAGUGCAUAUUACAAAGAGUGUGUGUAACCAAGCUAACUUCUCAAAUGUAUACUUAUACAAGACUCUUGUCAGUCUGAAAUUCACAUUCAAAUGUAUUUUGAAAAUUGUGAAUGUGCCAGUGUAGCAGCAUUUAGGCUAUUAUUAUUUACCACCAUUUUGAUAAAUCCCAUUCAACUUUCUGAAUAUGAAGUGUCCCUCCAUACAGUCAGUUACCCAUUGGUGCCAAACACUGUGACUCUAUCCCUCUUCCCUCAGCUUUGUUAUUAAUUCAGCUUACACAUAGGCUAAAUAUACAUUUGAUUACAUGAGGUGCCAUAAAACUGAAUUCAAUUAAAUUGUACUUCUGCUUGUUUGACUAAAAUGUAAAUUCCACUACAUUAGAGUGUUGUGUAUCAUGAUAUUUGUUAUUUAUAGAAAGGGAAAUGUAUAAAUAACACUCAUCUGUCCUUGAGAGAUACUUGAAAGACAUACAUAAUAUGCAAAUAGAUAAUUGUUUUUUAAGAUGUUUUUAUUGUUACUGUGUAUACAUUUUAAGUACAUAACAAUGCAGUGUGCUCUUAUGGUAUUGAAGGGUUGUAAAAUACGCAAUAAAGAUUUGAAUAUCCUCUGAAGCUAAAGGAGAUAUAGGUAUGUUUCAUUGUCAUUACAAAGGUUCACUUGUAGCCUUAACAGAGGUUUGGUUAGGUGUCACAAUACAACAGUCGUAGAUAAUGUUUGUGGUCACCUUAAGUGGGGAAACUCAUACUGAUGCUCCUUAAACAAGUUACUGUACAUGUGAUAUCAAAGAAAUCAAAAUAAACUUUAUUUAACAUUUCUGAACUGAGAAAAA